AGUCUGGACUAGGCGGUGUCCGGUAUCGCCGCGAUUGGGCCGCAGAGCCGGCAACACCGAUUGGUCUUCGUUAGACCGGAAGUGCCUCCGCAACGGACAGAACAGACAGCACUCAAAUGCCGAGGGCACCGCCCAUUGGGCGGGAGUCAGAGGCGUGUCCUGAACCGCGCGGGGAUUGGAUGCAGGCGCAGCAGAGUCGGUACCGGCGCGGUGAUUGGACAGUGGGAACCGCCGGCAGUGGCGCGCGAUCCUGGGAGGAGGACAGUGCCAGCUGCAUGGGGCGGCGGCGGCGCCGGGUGGACCGGGCGGACGCGGGUGGGGCCCUGCCCGAGGCCAUUGCCGCGCUAAGUCGGACGCUGCCCGCCGGGCCCAGCCCUGAGAUCUUCCGCCGCGCCAAGUUCGACCUUCCGGAGGCGGCCCCCGCACUCUGGCGGCUGCUUUUCUGCUUGCUCUCGCAGCUGCGGACCAACGGCGCCUCAGUCUCGCUUGUCCCGGAGGCCCAAGCCCGCUGGGUGAAAUCUGCGCUGCGUUCCCAGGGCUACCCCCGUCGGGGGCUGGCUCAGCUCCCAGAGGACGGCUCCCGGGGCAGCCGCGAACUGCUCCUGGCCCUUUCCUGGCUCCUGGCCCGCGGGCCCCUGCUCGAGCUGCUGCUGGCCCAGACCCACGUGUGGCUGGGCGACGAGAUGCUUGUGUGUGAGUGUAAGACCCUGGCCAGCCCUAGCCUGCCUGCUGCACGUGUGGAAGCAGAGGGCUGUGUAGACAUCCGCCGUCUACAGUGGCUGAUGGGAAAGCUGCGGUUCCGGUGGCGAAAGCUGAUGGCCAGUCAGCAGGAGCAGUGCUCCCUCCUGGGCAAGAUCCAUUCGUACACUCGCGGUUGCCACAGUGACCACAGACUUGGCCACCUGUCUGUCACCGAAACAGAGCUGCUCAGGGAUCCAGAGGCCGGCCGGCAGCUGCUGCGGAGGCUGCAGAGUGAGAAUGCACGGCUGGAGGCUGCCCUGGAGUGGCGGUGCAGGGAGCUGGUCUUCUGGCAAUGGAUGGACACCGUCCUGGGUGCCUGCCCCCCAGAGUCCUCGUGGCCCGCGUUUCUGCCCAGGAUCCCAGAGCGCGGUGCUGAUGAGCUGGAGCUGGUGGCCGGGGAGCUGCAGGCCUUGCAGGAGGAGCUGCGGGCAGCUGCAGAGGCCCGGCGGGCGGCCUGGGUGUCCAGGGUUGGAGGCCUGGGGCCGGAGUGGAGUGCCACACAGCAGGCCACACAGGAGGCUGUGGGACAGGAACUGACGGCUUUGCGGCAGGCCUGGGAGCGAGGCGGAGGCCGGGCCCAGCCCCACGGACCCCACCGGCUGGGCUUGGCCGUGACAAAGAGCCAUCUGUGUCCGGGAACGUGCCCCCAGCUGCUGAGACAGCCCCACACCCGCCCCAGGAGGCACAGACCCAGCCCUGCCUCUCUCAACCAGGCUCCCCUCUUCCCAAGGCAAUGGAACCCCGACUCAUACUCCAGCCAGCUCAGGCCUGAGGCCACUCCCAGCCCCCCACCUCCACCCCCUGCCAAUGUUCUUUCGGAGGCUUUUCCUCCUUGCCUGGGGUGUGCUGGAUGGACAGCUCUUGGCCAUUCCGUGGGCUGGGGAAUGCCUGUGCCACCCUUGCAGCAGCAGUAGGAGCCGCGGCCGGACCUGGCAGUGGCCAGCAGGUCCUCCCUUUCAGAAGCAUGUCCCUGACCCUGUCCUAUGCGGCCAGCCCCCAGAGAGCCCCUGGGCCUGUGUCCAUGCUUCCUGGCCUGGAGCCCCUCCCCCCAGUCCCCUCAGCACCACCUCCCUAGCUCCUCUGAAGGGCUUAUCACUUCCUGCUGGCUCCAGCUGUGGCCCAGGGCACAUGGGGCCUGAACCUCUACCUGCACCCUGAAUAUGUGGUCGUGCCUGGACUCUCUGCAGCCCCACCCCCACCCUCCCACCACUGCAACUACCCGGUGGGGCCCUUUUCAUUCUGGAAAACGCCCUGCCUUCUGUGGACUGCCAUUGAGCCAGGGUGGCAGCUGGCCCUUGGGAAUGUGACUUUAGAAAUGCAAACUGUUACGGAGCUGUCACUUCAUAGAUUCACCUGCAGUCAUUCCACUUCCUAUCACCCCGUGUGUCUGUGUGACCAGCUGCGGAUUGUAAAGUUCAUGAGGGGCGCCGCUCCAGAGGGAAAGCCCGUGGGAAGGCUGCAGUGACAGGGGGCUUGGCUCCCACUGUGCCUGUAACAGACUAGUGCACGUUGUGGCUGAAAGCAGCAGUCUGGCGGCUCAAGGCCUGAAGCCCAACAGGCUCUCCAGGCUGAAGUGAGGUGUCAGCAGGUCUUCAGUCCCCACACAGGCUGUCCUCUGACCCCUUUUCCCCCUCCACUUCCAGGAUCCCCUGUAGUCGCAUUGCCCCCCAGUCCCAGGCAACCUCAGUGGCCCUCUGAGUCUCUCCUGUGGUUUCCGUCUGUCUGUCUCUGCGUCAGUCUUGACGGUUCCCACUACCCUCUUCUCCAGUUCUCGGAGCUUCCUUUCAGUGGUGUCCAAUCUGUUAACUUUUCCUUCGAUCCUUAAUUCUGGUUAUUGUUUUGAGGGCUUGAAUUUCUGUUCUUUUUUUCCAGUCUGCUCUGUCACAUUCAUAGUUUCUAGUGGCCUGUCGUGGGCCACAGCAAACACUAUUCGGGCUGCAUCUGAUGGCUCUUUUGCAGUCUGUUCCUGCUGGCUCGUUCCUGGAGCCCAGUUCCAGGGGCACGUUGUAUUUGAAAAAUUACUCGGGGAAUAAAUUGAGGUCUGCCAACAGAGACGCUUUCCCCAGCACCUCCGAAUGUGGCCUGAGUUGGAAACGUCAUCAAGUUAAAGUGAGGUCUAUUGGGUGGGCCUUCCAGUAUGGCGUCAUUAGGAGGGGAGUCACACAGGGAGGCCAUGUGGUGUCCAAGGCAGGCAGGAGGGGUGCAUCUACAGCCAAGCAAAAGUCAAGGCAAACACUCCUCUCAAGAGGUUCUGAGGGAGCACAAAUAUCCUGACCAGACCACUCUGGGCCUGGCCACUGCCAUGAGGGUCAGGAGGGGUGGAGGGUGAGCUCCGCUGGCAUCAGGGCAGAGAAAGCCCCAGGGUUUGCUGGACAGGAGGCCAGAACUGGGUGCUGGUGGGGUGCGUGGUGCUUAGAGCCCUAACACAAGCUCACAGGUUUUGACAAAGAUUCCUUUUUUUUUUGAGUUUGCUUUUGGGUGAGAGCAGAGGGACAUGCUCCAGAAAUGGUCCAGGUGGCCUGGGGGCAGCCCCUCCCAGAAAGUGGAGGGAGCAGGCUGCACAGGGCUGUGGUGUGAGCUUAGGGAACACUGCAGGUGUUCCUGGUCCCCAUCCAACCCAGCAUGCUCUCUGCCUCCUGGACCUGCCAUGGUGGUCUGCCCAGGCAGGACCUGCAUGCCCUGGCCUCCCCCUCCUCCCUCCAAUGCUGCCUGAGGGACUUUUUAAGGAGGCCUUUUGUCCCUUGAGGCUUCCCCCGCAGGGGGGGUAGGGGGGAGAGAAACACCCCUGUGGGAUCUGGGGUCCCUCCCUGGGCACAGAGGCAUCUUCUGGUUCUGGCUGCACGUACUUAGGGACAGCGCGCGUGUGUGGGGGCUGGUAUCCCCCAACCAGCUAUCUUGCGGGUUCACUCCAGUGAGCGUCUGUGCCGCUCACGGAUCGCUCCUAUGGCCUGAUGCACCCGGCCCCAGUACGAAGGGGAGUGGCAGGUGGGUUACCUGUGUGGGCCCAGGCACCUGGUCAGGGCCUCCGGGUGAGGAGACAUGGGAUGCUUUGAGCUCCACCCCUUUGCAUCAGUGGGCUCUGGGUGUCCCUUCACCUCUGACCCUCAGGCUCCUCCUCCGUCAGAGGGAGGUGGAAACAACUCUAGGAAGCAGGGCAGAGGGGCAGUAGGUGCGCUCCCCUCCAUCCUAGGGGUGGAUGGGCUGGGAUGUGGGUGGGGGGCUCUGUGAGGACAGGCUGGUGACUGGUCAGGGGAAAGAAAACUGACCCUCCAAACCCCAGUGUGCCCCCUGGAUGGCCACCCACUGCCUCUGUUUGCCGCACUCAGAAGACUCCUGGGAAGGCUGGAGAAAUCCGGACCCAGGCCCCCACCACGCUGUUUGUUCGGUUCGGUUCCCAUCAAGAUCCGGGGUGCCACCUGCAUCAGCUGGCCUCCAUGUCGGGGUCAGCUCCGCCGGCAGGUUCAGGGUCCCGCAAGCCCCCUGUUGCGG